GUUGUUUCCAAAGGACAGAGAAGAGGGAAAAGCAACAGUAUUCAUAGGGAGCCCAGAGAAGACCGACCUGCACGAUUCUUUUUGGAAAGAAAACGCCGAGGACCAUCUAUUAUACUAAUAUAUUCUACUAUUAGAUAGAUCUGUAUUACAUACGACCGCAAGGAUACUCUGUUCCUGGGUUCUAUCGUCGCUGACUGAAGAGAGCGCGCAGAGGCUGCGGCUGGACAGAGGCGCGGUGGAAGCGCGGAGCGCGAGCCGCUGUGGGGCUGAUGUGCGCGGCCUGUCCCUCAGCAGCGGCCCGCUAUGGCGGAGACCAAGAUCAUCUAUCACCUCGACGAGCAGGAGACUCCCUACCUCAUCAAACUACCCAUUCCCGCUGAAAACGUAACGCUCGCCGACUUCAAAAAUGUCCUCAAUAAACCCAACUACAAAUUUUUCUUCAAAUCCAUGGACGAUGAUUUCGGGGUGGUGAAGGAGGAGAUAUCUGAUGACAAUGCCAAACUACCGUGUUUCAACGGACGUGUUGUGUCAUGGCUGGUGUCUGCAGACGGCUCUCAUGGCUCUGACGGCGGUUCAGUGUGUGCAGACUCUCAGGCCGAUCUGCCGCCCCCGCCGGAGAGGACAGGAGGCAUCGGAGACUCCAGACCCCCUUCCUUCCAUGCGAAUGCCGUGGGAAGUCAGGAUAACCUGGGCAAUGAUACCGAGCCUGAGGUGGGUCCAUCGCUGAGAAGAGACCGAGAGCGAGAGAGAGUCAGAGACAGAGACCGAGAGAGGGAGAGAGAGAGGCCUCGUAGGAAAGAUACACAUGACCAUGGAGGCCGGUUGAACGGUCACUCGCGGCCGGAGCGCAGGCCGGAGAUCGCCGGCUAUGAGAGCUCGUCCACACUGAUGAGCAGUGAGCUGGACACCACCAGCUUCUUCGACUCAGAGGAGGAGGACUCUACUAGCAGGUUCAGCAGCUCUACGGAGCAGAGCACAUCGUCACGUCUCAUGAGACGCCAUCGCCACCGCAGACAGAAACCCAAAGCACCCAGAAUGGAGAGGUCCUCGUCGUUCAGCAGCAUAACUGACUCCACCAUGUCUCUGAACAUCAUAACUGUCACAUUAAACAUGGAGAAGUAUAAUUUUCUGGGCAUCAGUAUAGUCGGGCAAAGUAAUGAGAGGGGCGAUGGAGGAAUCUACAUCGGCUCCAUCAUGAAGGGCGGUGCGGUGGCUGCUGACGGACGCAUUGAGCCUGGUGACAUGCUUCUGCAGGUGAAUGAUAUCAACUUUGAGAACAUGAGUAAUGAUGAUGCAGUGAGGGUGCUACGAGAGAUUGUCCAUAAACCUGGACCCAUCACACUGACUGUGGCCAAAUGUUGGGAUCCAAACCCUCGUAGCUGUUUCGCCCUCCCACGAAGUGAGCCGAUCCGUCCCAUAGACCCUGCUGCCUGGGUGUCUCACACUGCCGCUAUGACGGGGGCGUACCCAGUGUACGGUAUGAGCCCUUCCAUGAGCACAAUCACCUCCACCAGCUCCUCCAUCACAAGCUCCAUUCCAGAGACUGAGCGGUUCGAGGAUUUCCAUCUGUCCAUCCAUAGCGACAUGGCAGCAGUAGCCAAAGCAAUGGCAUCUCCAGAGUCAGGCCUGGAGGUGCGGGACAGAAUGUGGCUAAAGAUCACCAUCCCCAAUGCCUUCAUAGGUUCAGAUGUGGUGGAUUGGAUCUAUCAUCACGUCGAGGGCUUUACUGAUAGACGGGAGGCACGCAAAUACACCAGCAACCUGCUAAAAGCUGGCUACAUACGGCACACUGUCAACAAGAUCACCUUCUCUGAACAGUGCUAUUACAUCUUUGGUGACUUGUGUGGCAAUAUGGCCAGUCUCACCUUGCAUGACCAUGAUGGUUCUAGUGGGGCAUCUGACCAGGACACUCUGGCUCCGUUGCCUCACCCUGGUGUAGCUCCCUGGCCGCUCACGUUCCCUUAUCAGUACCCGAUCCCUCACCCGUACAAUCCCCACCCUGUGCACGACCCCAGCUACAGCUUCACUGCAGGGGGCGGCAGCGCUGGUAGCCCACACAGCGAAGGCAGUCGAAGCAGUGGCUCGAAUCGAAGCGGCAGUAAAAACGACGCAAACGCAGCAGCUGGAACGCAAGAGUCUGGAGGCCGAUCCGGCAGCGGCAGCGAGUCCGAGAAAAGAGAGAAGGCUCCCAGCGAGCGCUCUGCGGUGCCCCCUAGCGAACACAGCGUGCGUAGCUCACACACCAUCCGGAGCGUCCAGAGCCUGGUGUGUGGAGCGCCCGGCCUCCCUCCACAGCCACAGACACAGCCACUCGUUACAGCAGCGCCGGGCUCUCCUCCAGACCGAGACCUGGCCUCAGUGCCGCCCGAACUCACAGCCUCGCGCCAGUCUUUCCGCAUGGCCAUGGGGAACCCCAGUGAGUUCUUUGUCGACGUCAUGUGAUGUUCUUCAGGUGACCCAGAGGGUCGACUCACAUGCUCAAGGCACUGUGAAAUCAAGAAAAAAAGAUGAGGAGGAAGACAAGAAAGAGAUGCAUUGACAUUUUAGUGGCUGAGUGUCCCUCCUGUGUCCUGUGGCUUGCACUUUCUUCAGUGAAGAAGACUGGAACAGAUCACGUAUCCCAUCAUGCCCUUUAAGGAGACUCUGUGCGAUGCAGUGAUGAAGGUGAAUGCUUGCUGGUUUUGGUGUACUUUUUAUGUAUUUUACCUGCAUUUUUUAAUAUUUUGUCCUCUGACUGGUUUAUUAACCUCAAGAUAUGUUUUUCAAUCAAAGAUGAACUAAAUUAAGCAGGAGAGAAAAGCAUGAUAUGAGAAGAAAGUGAGGAUAUCUUUUACUUCUAAAUCACCUUUUGCUUUUUAAGGAUGAACAAAUCAUUUUUAAUGAUUUUUAAAAAAGACAAACGCUAUCAAAAGAUAGAAUCUUCGGCAAUUAUUUUAUAUUUAUGGCUUUAAUUUUCUGCUAAGAAUGGUGGAGAGUGAGAGAGAAAAAAAGAGAGUUUUUAAGUUCACAGACAGCACUUUUUAUUAAAGUCUGCCUUACUCUUGGGGUUAAAAUGAACUUAUUAAACAUGAUGCAUGAUGUUUUUUCAUCUGUUUUAUUGUUUUAAUAACCUGAACUGAUGAAUUGUGCACAAGAAGACCAGGGACAUUUAUUAAGUAAAUCAAGUCAAUUAUGGUUUGAUGUUGAUUUAAAGAACUUAACUGGGAGAUAUUCAGUCCUGUAAUGUUAUUCUUUGUAACAGUGCACCUGUAUUACAUGUACUGAACCUGCAACAGUGAUGUUUCAAUGUUAUCAGCACUCCUAAAGCAACCUAAAGAUGCACUAUUAUUAUUAUUAUAUGAUGGAGAGCAGCUCUCUUCACUCUCUCACUCUUCCUCAAACAACACAGUACUUAAUAUGUUAAUGUCUGUCAUCAUUAACCAUCAGCACUCUGCUUCAUUGUUUCUCUGAACACCUUCCAUUUUUUUUUCUCAGAUGCAUUUAUCACAUUUUUAAUUAUUGGAAACAGAUAGUAUUGAAUGGUUCAAUUUAAUACUCGCUGUACACUGUUUUACGACAAAACAAAACAAAUUGUUUUAUUUAUAAAUAUAGUUUAUUGCCUAAACACGGAGUGUGCAUCUUUUCUAGUUUUUGUGUGAAAAGAAAAUCACUUUUAUUCUUCUGCAGUCAUGAAGACAUAACAUAAUGAAGUCCAUUUUUUACAUAAUUCCUUAAAAGGUACAACCAAAGAAUGUGUUUU